UGAAAUAUGUACCGUUAGUCGAAUCAAUAGGCGAUAUUUAUAAACACGGGCUUGAACUGUAUAGGAUCUCCCGUCAGUCGCCACCGUGCCGCGCUGUGGAUAGGGCGUGUUGACAGGCGUACGUACUCCGUGGGUGAGGUAAAAGUAACGGGGGUAAUGUGUCGGACAUGAAGGUUCUUCCCUUACCCCUCGUGUGCUUCCUAGUGGCAGUGGCACCACCCCUGAUUCCAGGGCUUCGCUGUGAGUUGGAUUGUGGGGAUGCCGCUUGUGUGGAGACCAUUACAAGGGUGCCCAAGAAAGCGUGUCAUCACUUAGCCAAGCCGCCGAGGUGGCCGUCAAACAUUGCCUCCAAAAAACAUCUCACAGUUCAACAGAAAAAGAGCUUCGUGGAGAUCAUCUUAACACGUGACAGGGAGCCAGGUUCAACGCUGCUACUGACGUUCCAUGGACAAGGAGGCCGGCAGUGCCUCAACAUCACAACUCCUCGAAACCAGACAUACGCUAUCACCGACGGCUGGGCGAAGACGAGGCUAAAGUGUCGGGGAGUUCGAAUCCUGAAGAAAGGGCUCAAGAUCAAACUUUAUGAUCUCACAAAUCGUAGGAGACUCGAUUCGCACCGGUUAGAAAAGAGGCGGAAGAAGUUGAAAAAGAAAGCAACAAAAGAACCCCCCGUUAAGUUGGCAGAGGGUGAAUCACGUCACGCCCGCACAACCUGCAUCUGUGCCAUUCCCACGUCUGUGUACCUGAAGCCAGUGUGUGUCUCAGAAGGGAACUACAACGUGACUGUCAGCUGGGAGCCUCUUUACAACAAGAGUGAUCUGCGGGUGGGCAUCGUACACGAAGGCAACAGCGAUGAGUUCGUACCCAAUGGUUUUCAAAAGCUCCCAAGUUGGAAGCUGAUAAUCCAACAUCUUCAGAAAGUCACAUUGACGAAUCUGAAACUGGAUUCUGGAUCAAACUAUAUUGGAUUGGUGGGGUCUCUAGGCUGUGACUCAUGUAUGCGCUACAAGGAGAGUGAAGUGUUACGUGUGCAGUGUUCAACCGGAGCAUCGCCUGAACCUGCGCCUACCAUAGAUGUGCCGGGUUCAACAACCCCUAGCCCUCCCAUAAUAGUCAAAGCUGUUAUUGGAGUUGGUGCCUUCGCCUUCAUCGGAGUCCUUGCUUUGGGAGUGUUUUUGCUGAAACUGAGAUAUGGAAACAGGUAUGGCCCGCUCCCUGCAUCCGACACUUCUGCAUCCCUCGAAACCGUCGCACGAGUGUCAGUGGUGAGGUCGAUCGGAGAUGACGUUGCUAGAGGAGCCGAGAAUUUGGUCCUUCAACUGGAACAACGCGGAAAGACAACGGUGUCUUGGCUGGAAUCUGAUGCGACGGAGGUGUCGUUAUCAGCGUGUGACCUCAUCUUCUAUGUGACAGAUCGGACAGAUCGGAAUGAACCGCCAUGUCUAAAGCAGCUGACAUCCAAAACAGUAACUGUUCUCCUUCAAGGAAACAGGAAUCCUGAUGUCGUGGUGCCACGCGACUUCCAGUUCGGUGACUUGCUGAAUAACCAGAUGGCGCCAGGGCGUCACCUUCACCUUGAAGACUUUCUGAACCAGCUGGGGCCAGAUCACCUAGAUGUUGGACCAUCUCAAGUCAGAGCGCUGUUGCUGUCCUCGUAUCAAGGCGAGGAAGACUCUCCACAUCGUAAGGCCACGAAGGAGCUCAUCAGACUGAUGAGGGAUCAGCUUAACAUGUAUGUAGUGGAUCCCCAAGACUCCACGCACAGAGACGAACAGAGGGGCUCUGGGCCCAACAACUGGGUCCAAGAAAAGGUCGCAGCUAGUAAUCUAGUCAUCAUUGUCCCCUCCAGCGACCCUCUGUGUUCCAACAAGGGGGACGUACCUAUGAACAACGUCCAAAGAAUCAACCAAGCUGCUGUUGACUGUUUGAAGCAGUGCCCCAGUGCGUCGGGUCCAAAGGUGUGUGUUGUGACGUUCGGGUACUGGACAGAAUACGUUGAGAGUGUACAGAAGUACAUCCUAGUCCGUCACACGUUUAAUCUUCGUGAACCUGACACUGGAGACCCUACUAGUGUUAGGCACAAUCUCCGGCCUUUCUUAUCGUGGCUGUGCCAGGACGCGGAGUUGGUUGAGCGGGCGUGUCGGGAGGGAGGGGAGUUUCUCAUCAGCGCUGACCGUAUGUCUGACAUUCUGAAUGGAAGCUCAUACAUCUUGGAGGACAUGGUCUGAGAAACAACGGUUCAAAUUCUUAACCGAUUAUUUAUGAACCAUUGUUGGGAACCGCCUCACGUUUGGGCAAUACUGGUUUUAUUAUUUCCAAUAAGCGAUGAGACAAAGACCUGUAAGAAGACACGAGGAUGUUCUACGAAUGGUGACGACUCACUAAAAUUAUGGUAUUCAAAUGCAAUCAUAAGAUGUGGCUAAGUUCGUCCUUAUUAUAGAAAAUACGUAAUGUAGAUACUUAUUAGUACAAGACGGGUCUUUCCUACAUUUAGACCCUAGACCCUAAACAUGUUCAGGUGUUUAACACAAUACUAAACAUAUUUAGACCCUAAACGCCUAAACAUUAUAGAACAGGGAUUGCACUUAGGUUUAGGUAUCUCAACAGAUUUUUUACAAAGUAUAAAAAUAAUACCGAUUACAGCAGAAUUAUAACUACGAUACUGAUUGAAUGAGACCGGAGCUGUUAAAAUGUAUGAGUGAGUGAGUGAGGAUGGUUUUACGUCGCUUUUUGCAGUAUUCUAGCAAUAUCACAGCGGGGGCCAUCAGAAAUGGGCUUCACACAUUGUACCCAAGAUUCUGAUUAGUAUUGUUAUAGAGCUUACAUUAAUUCUGUUACAGGUCGCAAGGGCGGGGCUAAAAAUGGUUGCCUUUAUUUGAAAGAUAUCAGUGAUUUUGAUAAAGGCAGCAGGCUUCGUUGCAAUGUGUCUUCCAUCUCAUUAGAGUUUGUCAUUAUGUUAGAUAGCCCACUGCGAAUUAUUUGUUUCAUGCUGGGAAAACAUAUGUGCAAUUGUUUUGGGCCGACCAUUUUGAAUUCUGGUGUGUGCACGUGCGCGCGUGCGUGCGUGGUGGGGAGUAUAACCAAAUUCCGAAAUUGCUGCGAAAAAUAAUUUGUUCUAAAAUGUUAUUCCUCGCAGCAUAUUAUUAUGCCCCUUAUUACUCUCCUAACGCGGAGAAUUAAUCUUUCUCUUACUGAUCAUCUAUCGGUCAUUCUUUAGGUAUCUUUUUAUACACCAUGAUUGGAUCAAAGAGUUCGUCGAGAAAAUGUUAAUUUAAAUUGAUUGAUUGUUGGUCAUCGAUUAUAAUCGAUUAAAUGUCAAUUCUCAUGUGCCUUGAGCUGAUCCUGGUAACCAUGUGGAGGGCAUUUCAAAAUUUGACGCAUCAAUGACAAGAAUGUUGUCCGAUGCAUUUCCCUAUUUUGACUUUACCAUAUCUUCCCGGGUUUUUUUAGAUGAACAAUUGACUUGCCUUUGCAUGUGUUUGUGACGGGUGACACCGAUGGGGCAGGAUACGCUCACCAUUUCGCGAACACCUGGUAUUAUCUCUUUUUAAUAGUGAUUCAUAAACACAUGUUCGUGAUAUCGUCGGAAUCGUACAAUCGACUCUGCUUUCGGCAGAGAUUUCUCAUGAAUAUGAAAAGGAUUUUGUCGCUGUAUUAUUAUGCUAUAUCCAUCAUGAUUGACCGCUGAUUGAUUGAUUGUUGAAUUUUACGAGUGCUGUUGAUACAUGACUGUUGUUUUACGGGGUUACACAAAGUAUUAUUAUGUCAUAGAUCAAGACUUUACAGACAUAGUUUUAGUGAGAGUGUUAUUUUCAAUAUGAAUCUUACUUCUGUUGUCUCGAAGUGUAUAUUUUCCACAAAGUUUCUAUUACAUGUCCAAAGAAUAAUGAAACAACUUCGGCAAAACAGGAGUUUACUGCCAAGAAGCCAUUGCUCAUCGUUGUAUAUUUAAGAUUCACAGUUGAUCUGACAAAAGGCCUGACAUAUUCUAUUUCUAUAACGUGCUUCAUGUGAUUGGUAGGGCAAUCGAUUAAAGGUCAUUUUAACUUUGUGAUGCUCUCUUUACGUGACGUAGAAGGGGUAGAGGCGAGGUGUAAGGGAUCACACACGGCUGUGCAGUGUUGUGUUGAUCCAAUCAGUUUACUUUUACAGUAUUAUAGUACAUACCUCAUUAUGUUGUGCAUAUGUUGUAUUUAAACUGCCGGGCCAAAGAAAAUAAACACUCAUGAUGAUGUCUAAAAAUGAAAACAAACAAGAAAUGGUUAUUAGAUGGUGACGUAUUUGAUACGGGCAUCCUAGUUAAGUUUUGGACCUUAAGUUUGCAGUGUUUCGCCGAUUGUUUUCGCCCUAGGAACGUUAUAACAACGUUUGUAAUUUUUAUUCAAAUUCAAAUUUCAAGUGUAUACUUUAUUGUGCCCGGCAUCUAAGUUUAAGAUGUGUUGUAAAAUAGAGUAGAGUAGAGUGUGUUGUGUUUCAGGCAUUUAAUGCCAAGGAACCAUUCAUGUAUAUUUACUCGCAUAGGCCCCCCAUACGUCCCAGCACUGGACAAUAACACUGAGUAAACUUCAUACAUAAACCUAUUUUACUGUACAUGUUUCUUUAAUUCAUUUUCAUCCCCCC